CACUUAAUGGUUUAGGUUGGUUGUUUUGUCAUUCUCUUUCUGUUUUUGUGUUCAUCUAAAACACAUUAGUUAGGUUGCACCAUUUGUUGGGCCCAUUUCUCCACUCAAGACUUUAAAUGGUGAGGAGACAGUAAAAAGGGUGUCUCUAUCUCUCCAUUUUGCUUUUCUUUGUUACCCCCAUUUCUACAUUUCUUACAAAUUAGACUAACAAUACAUUUCCUUGUUUUUGCUUCUUGGGUUUUUAAUAUCUUCGUUAAUAAUUUGUGGGCUUUUUGUUUCUUUGAUGGGUUUUUUUUUCUUGGAUUUUGGUUCAUGAGUUUUUGAUAUAUGUUGAGUAUUGAGCAUCUGGAGAUCUGAGCCGAGUUUAUUAUGCUUUUUGAUCAGCUUUAUUGACUAUUUAAGUUUAAAGUUUGUGCCUUUUGAGACUUGAAUAUAUGUUUUGCACUUUUCUUUAUUUUUCAUUUGGGGCAUCAAAUUCAAAUUGUGACUGCUUACCAUUUUUGAAUUAUUUAUAAUCUUCUUUUGAGUUGGGCUUUUAGCAGGAAGAAAUCCUAGUCCCUCCAUAGUGUCCAAUUUAUGUUUUCAAGCUGUCAUUCGAGACAAUGAGUUAUGAACCCUUGAUAUAGUUGGUGAAUUUCAGAAAUGGAAAGAAGGAUUCAGCCUCCUCUGGUGGAUUCAACAGCUUGCUUGUGUAGGGUAGACGCCGGUCUGAAAACUGUUGCUGGAGCAAAAAGGUUUGUUCCCGGUUCAAAGCUCUGUCUACAACCUGAUAUCAAGCCAUCAAUCCAUCCGACCAGACAAAAACCACCACAUGACAGAACUCGUAACCAAACUCCUCUCCUGCCCGUGCUGCCCGAUGACCUUGCCAUUGCCUGUCUAAUACGUGUCCCAAGAAUUGAGCACCGAAAACUGCGGUUAGUUUGCAAACGAUGGUAUCGUCUCUUAGCAGGAAACUUCUUCUACUCUCUACGAAAGAACCUACAACUAGCUGAAGAAUGGGUCUACAUUAUGAAGAGAGACAAAGACCGAAAGAUAACAUGGCAUGGGUUUGACCCAAUGAACCACCUAUGGCAACCACUAGCACCAGUCCCCAGAGAAUACUCGGAAGCCGUAGGGUUUGGGUGUGCAGUCCUGAGUGGGUGUCACCUGUAUCUAUUUGGCGGUAAAGAUCCUAUCAAAGGGUCAAUGAGACGAGUGGUGUAUUAUAGUGCACGCACCAAUAAAUGGCACAGGGCUCCUGAUAUGCUUAGGAGGCGACAUUUUUUCGGGUCGUGUGUUAUAAACAACUGUUUAUAUGUAGCAGGUGGUGAGAAUGAAGGUGUACAACGGUCCCUAAGAUCAGUGGAGGUUUAUGACCCAAGCAAGAACAGAUGGUGUUUUGUUUCUGAUAUGAGUACAUCCAUGGUCCCAUUUAUAGGGGUGGUUUAUGGAGGAAAGUGGUUCUUGAAGGGGCUAGGAUCACAUAGACAAGUGGUUAGUGAAAUGUACCAACCCGAAAUAGAUAUCUGGACUGCUGUUCGAGAUGGGAUGGUUUCGGGUUGGAGAAACCCAAGCACUUGCUUAAAUGGGAAACUAUAUGCUUUGGAGUGUAAAGACGGAUGUAAAGUUAGGGUUUAUGAUGAAGAAAUGGAUUCAUGGAGUAAGCAUAUCGAUAGCAAGAUGCAUUUGGGGAACUCAAAGGGUUUUGAGGCUGCAGCGUUGGUCCCCUUAAAGGGGAAACUUUGCAUCAUAAGAAACAACAUGAGUAUAUCUUUGGUGAAUGUUGGAGAAGACGGCGCAACCGAACAUUUGUGGGAAACUUUGGCCGGAAAAGGGCAGUUGAAGACUUUGGUCUCGAGCCUAUGGUCGAGCUUGGCAGGACGGAACCGCCUGAAGAGUCACAUUGUUCAUUGCCAAGUGCUUCAGGCAUGAGGUUUUGAGAUUAGAUCAGGAAUGGUGGGUGACAAUGUAGGUUGUGUUAGAUGUUGUGACAGGAUGAUACAAAAUUGAAUGUUUCUGUUUUUGUAUGGAAAUGUAGGUUCUUUCUUUUUGCUCA